AUGACAACCUGCGUUGCCCAAGCCAGACCUACGAUUCUGUUGGCAACAGCGCGUGCAUACAUCUAUGGGAAUGCAGCAGUUCAACGAUUGGUUCGAAUUUUGUGCGAUCCAGGUUCGCAGGUUAGUUUUAUUAAAGAUCGCUUAGCUAAAUCAUUGAGAUUAAAAAUACACAAAUGCGAAUUGAAUGUAGAGGGGAUUGGAUCGAGUAUUAGUACUCGAACUACGGGUAGUGUUAUUGUAACCAUAAAGUCAUUGCAUUCAAACUUUGAAACCAAAAUCAACGCUUUGGUGAUCCCGUCAAUCACAUCGGACACUCCUGCCGUGCGUUUAGACGUUAACCAGUGGCAACACCUGGCUGGCCUUGAUAUGGCCGAUAUAUAUUUUGGUACACCUGGGGCUAUAGACUGUCUCAUUGGAGCUGAUGCCUGGGGUAGAAUCGUGGAGGGUGACAUCAUCGGUGGCAGACCAGAUGAACCUUAUGCUCAACGCACUCGCCUUGGUUGGGUAGUUUUUGGUCCAGCGUCAAAAGUUUCGUCGAAGGAGAACUCAUCUCUCGUGCUCAGCGCAAAGCUAGUCGAGGAUGAUUUGGUGCUGGAAGAAUUAGUUCACAAUUUUUGGAAGCUUCAGGAGGUCCCCGUGUGUGCAUCAGACGAUGAUGAUGAAUGUGGUCGAAUAUUUGCAGCCACACACUCCCGUACUAGUGAUGGACGUUACAUGGUGCAGCUGCCGUUCCGCCGCGAUGCACCGAGACUUGGCGAAUCAUAUGCGCACGCCCUUCGCCUAUUUCAACGCCUAGAAAGACGUCUCGUUGGUGACUCUGAGCUUAAAGAUAAUUACACUAAGUUCAUGCGUGAGUACGUAAGUCUUGGCCAUAUGGAACCCGUAAAUAACGUAGGUGAUCACACCAACGGCUACUACAUUCCCCACCACGCUGUAACCAACAAAUUUAGAGUGGUGUUCAAUGCAUCGGCACCAACUAGUACUGGCGUGUCACUAAAUGAGUUGCAAAUAGUGGGCCCGACCAUCCAAGACUCGCUCAUCAAUAUAAUUUUACGUUUCCGACGCUAUAGGGUGGCCCUAACAGCCGACAUUGAGAAAAUGUUCCGGCAGGUACUCGUUGCCCCCAUACACCGAGACUUCCAACGGAUCCUUUGGCGUGAGUCACCCUCGGAUGAACUCAAGGUAUAUCGACUCACAACGGUUACGUAUGGUAUGGCGUGCAGCCCGUAUAAUGCCAUACGUGCACUCCAACAAUGUGCACGCGACAAUCACAACGUAAUAUCGGACCACCGGCAAGCCGCGAAAGCGCGCGAUACCAUUUUAACGUCAUUUUACGUUGACGAUUUUUUUGACCAGUUGUGA